AUGUCUCCCUACUUCACAUCACCCGCUGGGUCACCCUCCAGACGACCCGCCCAGUCAUCUCGUACUUCACCCAGCAAGUCACCCAGCAAGGAGCAACGCGAAGCGUGCCCCUACGAGUUAGGAAUGCCGGACACUGAGUGGGCUCCCAGCACCCCUGCCAUUUCUACCCGUCAGCUCUCCAAUGAUGCAGAUUCCAGAAUCAACUACGUCUUUGAACUCUUCAAAGCAGGAAAUCUUGAAACAGCUCAAAUCAUGGCCGAAGAUCUCUUGCUCCAUCAAUCUGACCUCACAGUGUACCACCGCGCUCCUCUCCACUCAAUGCUUGGCUUGUACCCCUUCGGUGUCAAUCAUGCAGAAAAGGCAUCUCAGAUUUAUCAAGAAUUGUCCCUGGUCCGACCUGAGUUCAGAGAGGCAUACCAAAAUGCCCGGGUAGCGCUUGCCACCGCAACCAAGGUCGAAGCCCUAUGGGAAGCUCAUGAGAUGAAGAUGCUGAAGCGUAAGACUCAUACCAGAGAGCAGAUUCGUCACGAUCGUUAUCAGUUGUUUUACUACAGUGCCUUUGAGCAUACCCGCAAGGAUAAAAUCAAGGAGUUCCUCGAAGCUACCGAUCCUGCCGGUCCCGUCGAUCCCGUCGAUCCUGUCUCACAGCUAGCUACCGCACAGCUAGCUACCGCACAGCUAGCUACCGCGCCAGCUGCCGAUCCUGUCUCACAGGUAUUGCCCGAUCAUAUAUGGCCGGCAUUGCUCGAUCCUGCCUCACAGCCAUCGUCCGAACCUGCAUCUCCGCCUAAUAUCACCCGCGAUUCUGCUGAAUCUAAAGAAAAGUCUGAUGGUAAAUCCGAAAUCACGGAAAAGAAAACGGCCGGGUCAUCCAAAAGCCGUCCUGUGGUAUCAGAGAAGAACAACCCUUACAGCUAUGGGGUUUUCGACGAGAUGAAUAACCAAACAAAUGGCCAAACAAAUGACCAUGCUACAAAGGACCUCCAUGAUAGGGUCGUGGAUCAUCUGAUCAAGCGGACUUCAUCAAAUCUGUCCCUGGGCAACAUGACGGGAAGCCCAGUAUACGGUUUAAAAUCAUCCGAGGUUUACGUGAGGAACAUACUGCCGCGCAAGUCCAUUUCGAAAAACAGUCCACCAAACAACGGCGCAGUCUAG